GGAGAUAGUAUGCCACAAAGUUGGUUAGCGGUUCAAGAUUUGGACAAGCUCGAUCCAGCUAAGCUAUCGCCACUCACUGAAGAGGUGAUCAGUCGUCAAGCAACAAUUAAUAUAGGAACAAUUGGUCAUGUAGCACAUGGUAAAUCAACACUGGUAAAGGCCAUUUCUGGUGUUCACACGGUUAAGUUCAAAAAUGAGCUCGAAAGGAAUAUCACGAUUAAAUUGGGGUAUGCCAAUGCCAAAAUUUAUAGGUGCUCUAAUCAAGAGUGCCCACGGCCCGGCUGUUAUAGGUCAAUAGAUUGUAGGUCAGCCGGCUCAAGCACACCGGAUCGAUUUCCAUGUGAACGCCCCGGGUGUGGAGGGGAAUUUACGUGUGUGCGUCACAUAUCGUUUGUUGAUUGUCCUGGUCACGACAUUCUUAUGGCAACUAUGCUCAACGGUGCGGCAGUUAUGGACGCAGCAAUGUUAUUGAUAGCUGGCAAUGAGUCGUGUCCACAGCCACAAACCUCUGAGCAUCUAGCUGCGGUCGAAAUCAUGCAGCUCAAACAUCUUCUCAUUCUUCAAAACAAAAUUGACCUUAUUAAGGAGAGUCAAGCACGAGAACAAUUCGAGCAAAUUCGCAGUUUCGUUCAAGGAACUGUAGCUGAUGGGGCCCCGAUUGUUCCUAUUUCAGCCCAGUUGAAAUACAAUGUUGAUGUAGUCUGCGAAUAUCUGUGUAAGAAGGUGCCCGUACCGCCAAGGGACUUCACUUCUGAUGCUCGCCUUAUCGUUAUCAGAUCUUUCGACGUGAACAAACCGGGCUCAGAAGUUGAGAAUCUGAAAGGUGGUGUAGCUGGUGGUUCUAUUCUUAGAGGUAUUCUACGAGUUGGCCAAGAGAUAGAGGUACGUCCUGGCAUCGUUUCCAAAUCUGCAGAUGGCCGUGUUCAGUGCCGACCGAUUUUCUCAAAAAUUGUUUCACUUUUUGCUGAACAAAAUCAACUGCAGUAUGCCGUCCCUGGAGGUUUAAUUGGAGUAGGCACAAAAAUUGACCCAACACUUUGUCGUGGCGAUCGUCUUGUGGGGCAUAUUUUGGGUGCAGUUGGUACAUUACCGGAUAUUUUCACCGAAAUUGAAAUUGCUUAUUUCCUCUUGCGGCGGUUGCUCGGAGUGCGUACCGAGGGUGGUAAGAAGGCCGCGAAAGUGCAGAAAUUGGGUAAAGGUGAAGUUCUUAUGGUCAAUAUUGGUUCAUUGUCAACAGGAGGACGAGUCAUAGCAGUUAAAGGUGAAGCAGCAAAGAUUGCAUUAACCGAUCCGAUUUGCACAGAAGUGAAUGAGAAGAUUGCAUUAUCGCGUCGUAUCGAGAAACAUUGGCGUUUAAUUGGUUGGGGUACAAUACGACGUGGCAUAACAAUUAAGCCGAUCGAUCAUUGA